GAGGGGGGCGGUGACCCCGGGCGGGGAUCUGUGCCCCAGCGGAGGUGUGCGGAGGGAGCCCGGUCCGCGCCCCGGAGUCCCUGCGUUCGCCCCCAGCUCCUGAAUCCGCCUCCCCAUUCUCCGAUCGGUCUUCGAAUCCCGGUCCUAUCCCAGUCCCGAGCUCCUUGGUGCGGGGGAAGCGGCGGAAGGGGCCUGAGCUGCCCUCAGUACAGACGGAGGACCUUUCUCCACCCUCCCCUUCCCCGACCCACCCGAGAAAGGAGCCAGACUGGGUUCGGGGUCUGUGGGCGGGCUCGCCCAGGGCCUAGGGUUCGAGGGCCCACAAAGAGGAUAGAACCCCAGGAGCUGAGCGGGGCGACAGGGUGCAAAGGCCCGAACCGGAGCGGGGGCAGCGGGAACUGACGGGAGAGGUGGAGGGAGGAGGGCUCCGGCUGUGACAUCAUAGGAUUAACCCUCUCCGCGCCCGGCCACUUGCUGCCCCCAAAGGGGUAGAAGGCUCGAAGAUGACUGGUCUGGAGAAGGUGGGCGUUAAGUCUGGAGUCCUCGGCAGAAUCUCGGUUCUGGGGACCGAGGCUUGAACCGUUUGGCACCCCCACUGGGUGUUUGAGAGUACCCGGACGGCCACCGCACGUUACACAGAUGUCCGCGACAUCAAGCUGUGGAUGAGCGUCGAGUGCGGAUUCUGGUGACAGUGUCAUGCGCGCACUUACUACCUAUGAAACCACCAGCGUGUUUGUGCACGGAGGGCGGUAUCUGCGUUUCCUGCAGCAAGAGCCCUGAGGGGCAGAGAGCUGGGUGCACACUGCCACUUGGCGGCUGCCGGAAGCGUGGCAUCCCCAAAAUAAAAGUUUCUCAGGACCUAGAUUUGCCACCUGCUGCUCUACUUCAAUCUCAGAUAGCCCGGGCCGACCCAGAGUUUCCGUCCGUGCUGGCUCGAGUCUCCACAUCUCUCUGGAUAUUCUUUCUGAAUAUUAAGUCUUUACCUCCAUAUUAUUUUUUCUUUUGGCCGCGCCCGCGGGGGGUAUAAGUUCCUAGGCCAGGGAUCGAACCUGAACCACAGCAGUGACCAAAGCCUCUGCAGUGACAACACCGGAUCCUUAACCCGCUGUGUCAAAAGAGAAAUGCUUUGUUUUGCGUACUUUUGAUCCUGCAAUUCCUUCCUUCCAAAACUCAGCUCUAAUGGUUCCUCCAGAACCCCUGCCCUCAGGACCUGAUUCCCCUUUUUCCUCCCCAGCGCCUGGUGAGUCUUCUGAGGAGCUGAAUUGCUCGAAUAUGCAGGUUCAGGUUCAGCUGGCUACGCCUGUUUCCACCAGGGGGCGCAAGGAGUCAGCGUCCGUUCCCGACGUCCACCAGGGGGCGCUUCCGCCCGUCUCUGGCCCUCCAGGGUUGAGGAGCCAAGCCACAGAUUCGCCCUGCCUGAUUGGGAGAGGCACCACUAAACUAUUUGCAUAAUUUUGAAAGGGCCGCUCUGAAUGGUUACGGUAUAGAAGAAAUCUGAAACAGGCUCGUUCAUUGGUUGAAUUUUUCCCCUUUCCUCGGCGUCCCCAUCCCGGCCAGACUCGCCCCGGAGGUCAGUCGGCAACCUCUGUGCGGGGGGCUGGGAAACCCAGGUGUCCAGGCAGUGGGCAUUGCAAGGAGAAUUGUAUCUAGGGGUUCACUGUGACCCUUGCCACCUGCCUCUCCACCCACACCCGAGGUUCUCUCCGUCGAGCCUGGUCCCACCCACGCUGCCUCGGCGUGGGGCAAGGAGUCUCCUCGGCCGCACCUCCUGACUUCCCGCGGCAUCUCACUCAGGCCUCCGAAGAGCUUAGUUUGCCCCCCUGGAGAGUGGACCGCUGGCUUGGAGGUGUGUGCCCGGGAGCGGGGGACCCUGGGGGCCUGCUCACAACAGGCUUGUUCUUGCAGAGUCGCUCAAAAGUAGGGCCCCAGGGCUCGGAGCAGCUGGGUAUGGGUACUGAGAGUGAAAGUCCAGAACCGGACUGCCAGAAACAGUUCCAGGCUGCAGUCAACGUCAUUCAGAACCUGCCUAAGAACGGCUCUUACCGCCCAUCCUACGAAGAGAUGCUGCGAUUCUACAGCUACUACAAGCAGGCUACCGUGGGUCCCUGCCUGGUCCCCCGGCCUGGGUUCUGGGACCCUAUUGGACGUUAUAAAUGGGACGCCUGGAACAGCCUGGGCAAGAUGAGCAGGGAGGAGGCCAUGUCUGCCUACAUCACUGAGAUGAAGCUGGUGGCACAGAAGGUGAUCGACACGGUGCCUCUGGGCGAAGUGGCAGGGGACAUGUUUGGUUACUUCGAGCCCCUGUACCAGGUGAUCCCUGACAUGCCGAGGCCCCCAGAGACCUUCCUGAGAAGGAUCACAGGUUGGAAAGAGCAGGUACUGAAUGGAGAUGCUGGGGCUGCCCCAGAACCUCCCCGCCUCCCCAAGGAACCAGCACCCCCAAGCCCAGAGUCCCAGCCCCCCAGGGACCAGGACUCUGAGGUUUUUUGUGAUUCCCUGGAGCAGCUGGAGCCUGAGCUGGUUUGGGCAGAGCAGGGGAGUGCCCAUGGGGGAGAGCUCGACGCCAGGAACAGCCCGGAGCCUCCUGCAGGGAAAGGGAAGGUGGAAGGCAGCCCACCGGGGUCCCAGGAAUUGGACGCAUGGCUGGUGGGGACAGUGCGGGCACUGCAGGAGAGCAUGCGGGACGUCCAGGGCAGACUGCGGAGCCUGGAGGGCAUGCCCGGCCCCCCCAAGCAGCAGAAGUCCCCACCCAGUGCCAGGCCUUGGCCCCUCAGGCUCUCCGGUCCCACUCUGCUCUUCUUCCUCCUGUGGCCCUUCAUCGUCCAGUGGCUCUUGCGACAGUUUCGGACCCAGAAGAGGUGAUUUUCCAUGACGGAGGUCUCUGCAGCCAACCGAGGAGGCUCUGAGCCCUGUCUUGCUGUGCCCUGAGCCUUCCUAUGGGUUUAGGGAGAAAACAGCGUUGACCCCAGCUCCCACCCUCUUCUGGCUGUGAUCCGGGUUUGCCUUGGCACCUCUCCCCUAAAAGGAGGCCAAGUAAGACCCCCGCUUCCCCUGCAGCUCUACAGAGACUCUCCCUCCUCACCCCCCACCCGAGCUCCCGAGGGUGGCUGUGCCCGGCCCCGGUUCGGGGUUGGCCAGCGGCUCGGGGGCGGGGUUGCCGGGUCUCAGCCUCCGCAGACCUCCCCACCCGCCAGGUCACCUGACUCGCUCCCACCCCUGCCACUCCCCAAGGAGGCUCAGCUCGUGGGCAAGCUGGGACUUGGGCCGGGGCCUGGAAGAGUGAUUGGCUGGGAGGCUGCGGGAGAAGGCCAGGAGGCCCGGCAGAGUUGGGGAAGGGCGGGGAGCGCUGGCCCUGGGGGAGGGGAGUCCGCUCCCUUUGGCUGGCCGCCCUACCCCCACAAAUACUCAGGACGUCUUCACUUACUAAAGAAUGUUUCACUAAAUAAAAUAAAACCUUCAUCUUCUGCCGUC